GUGAGUCUGAGCGGAGGAGAGGACGGACGUCUGCAGCUGCUUCUCUGUGUGUGUCUCCAUGGCGACCGUGGUGUGUGUGUUUCUGAUUGUGUGUGUCGGGGUGUGUGUGGCGUUUAAUGUGGACACAGAGUUUCCUGUGCUGAAGACGGGAGGUGAGGGGAGUCUGUUCGGCCUGUCUGUCUCUCUGCACCAAGACCUGCAGACAGACAGGUUCCUGCUGUUGGUGGGUGCUCCCCGGGAGAGGGCGGAGCCUAAUGUCCCAGCCAAUCGGACAGGAGGAGUGUACAGCUGCCCGAUCACUGCAGACCAAUCAGAGUGCAGCAGGAUGAUGCUGGUAGACCCAGAGACCCGCUUGUCUGAGGACCUGAUUGAGGACAUGUGGCUCGGCGUCUCUGUGUCCAGUCAGGGACGACAGGGGGGGAGAGUCCUGGUGUGUGGUCAUCGUUUUGUUAAACUCUACGGAGCGUUUAAACUCAAGCACAUGAUUGGACGCUGUUAUCUCCGUGGAAACGACCUGAAGUACAACCACACAGACUUCACCUGGCAGAACCCGGAGCAGACCUGCAGUCACCUGGGGGACGUCAGUGGGGAAGUGAUGUGUAACAUGGGAAUUUCGUCCUUCAUCACUCAGACUGAAGUCAUCGUCGGCUCACCUGGAAGCUACGAGUGGCAAGGAAACGUGCAUAUGUCCUGGAUAAAUCCUGACGUUGUGUUUGACUCUAAGAAGAUCUCCUUCCCCAACCUGCAGCGCAGAAACAUCUAUAUAGGGUAUUCUGUGACCCAGGCUCGUGGUCUCCUCUCUCAGGAAGAUGAAACCAUAGUAACAGGAGCUCCUAAGGACAGUAGGGAAGACGCCCGCGGGUCGGUGCUGCUGGUGGUGAAGCGCUCUGACGAAUUGCUGAGUCAGCAGACGCUGCGCGGCCAUCAGACCGGAUCGUUCUAUGGGAACGCGGUCGCCACCGCAGACAUCAACAACGACGGGUGGAGUGACCUUCUGGUCGGCGCACCAUUUUACUUCCAGAGGGAACCGGAGGUGGGGGGGGCAGUGUAUGUGUACCUGAACACAGGGGGGGGGUUGGAUCCAGAACCCAGCACUGUGCUUACGGGCCCAGGGGGGUCAGGGUUCGGGAUGUCGGUGACCAGUGCCGGAGACCUGGACCAGGAUGGGUUUACCGACUUCGCGGUUGGAGCUCCUUUCCACGGAACAGGAAGUGUGAUGAUCUUCAGCGGCAGCAGGGGGGGGGUCUCCUCAGAGCCCCGACAGGUCAUCCAGGGCAGCAGUGUGUCUCCGGGCUUCAGGACAUUUGGUUACUCUCUGUCUGGAGGACAGGAUGUAGAUGGGAACAGAUACCCUGACCUGCUGGUGGGAUCUUUGGAUGACCAAGUGGCUCUGCUCAGAACUCGUCCAGUCAUUUACCUCAACAAAACCAUCAGAGUCUCCCCAGACGUCGUCGACCCAAACAACUGUGACAUCUGUAUCCAGGUGGAGGUAUGUUUCUCCUACAUGUUCAGCACCGGGGAGAGGAGCCACAGAGACAACAUCACGGUCCUCUUCACUGUCUCUGGUGAUGUCACCAGCAUUAAGCCCCGCCUCCAAUUCAUUGGCAGUGAUCAGAGUGUGUCUGGUUUCCUGUUAAUGCCGAGUCAGCGCUGUGUGCAGCUGAGGGCAGGCCUGCAGAGUCCGGUCCGGAACAAAGUGGAACCUCUCGUGUUCUCCCUGAACGCCUCGCUGCAUGAGAAGCUGCCCAGGAAGAGAAACAGCGUACAGGACCUCAAACAUCUCCCAGUGCUGAGCCAGACCCCCCGCCCCAUCAGAACCCAGAUCCACAUCCAGAAGGCCUGUGGUUCUGAUAACCGCUGCAACAGUAAUCUGCAGAUGACGGCCCAGUUUACAGACCAGAACCAGAACCCAUUCACCAGGCAGCAGGACUCUCAGGUCCUGGUCUACGACUCCAGGGUUUCCCGCCUGUUCCUGGAGGUUAAUGUCAGCAACGCGGCCUCAGCACUCCGGCCGGCGGAGGACGCUCACAACGCCGCUCUGAACAUCAGCGUCCCAACCACACUGUCAUACUCAGGGGUCAGAGCCAAGGGAGACGUCCAGGUGGAGUGUUCUGCUGAAGACCAGGUUCUGCUGUGUGAGCUGGGGAACCCGUUCAGGAGCAACCUCCAGGUUCAGGUGUGGAUCAUAUUCCAGCCAUCAGAGAUUAGUCUGAACACCAGAGAGAUCCAGACUGUGCUGCAGUUGUCCACGCUCAGUGAGCAGGAUGAUCUACUUCCUGUCUGCGUCUCCAUGUUGGUGCGGUUCUCUCUGCAGACGUCUCUCUCUCUAGUCACCCCUCCGGGCCCCGCCUCCUUCGGCGGUCAUGUGAUCGGGGAGUCAGCCAUGAGGAGGACGCAGGACGUUGGCAGUUUGCUGCUCUUCAUCCUGCAGGUGCGCGUCACCGGGAAGCCGCUGGGUCACCUAGGCAACCUGCAAGUGGAGUUUGAUUGGCCGAGGGAGGUAUCCAAUGGGAAGUGGCUGCUGUACCUCGAAGAGAUCCGAUUGGACGGCACGUCUGAGGUGCACUGUGAUCCGCCCGGAAACAUCGUCAACCCCCUUAACCUCAAGCUGGAAGAGGAGGAGGACAGGGGGAGGAGGAGGAGGAGUCUGCUGGAUCAGAGAGGAAGGAGCCUCCUGAAGGGAAACAGGAAGUCCUACUCUCUGGAUUGUGUGCAUGGGGCCCGCUGUGUGGCGUUUGUGUGUCCUCUUCUGAACAUGAGUUCCUCUGCAUCGCUGACUGUGAGGGCCAGACUGUGGAGCUCCACCCUGAUGGAGGAUUUCCGUGAUGCCCACAGUCUGCUGGUUCGAUUCUGGGCGACUCUGAAGCUGCAGAGCAACAAAUCGACCCUCAUCAUGGAGCCGCGCAGCAGCCAGAUUGAGGUCCACAUUUACCCGACGGCAGGGCAGCAGCUGGACUCCGGUGCCCCCCUGUGGAUCUUGGUGGUGUCUGUGCUGGCGGGGGUCUCCCUGCUGGCUGUGAUCUGCCUGCUGCUUUGGAAGGUCGGUUUCUUCAUGCGGCGGCGAGCAUGGAGGGUGGCGCUGCACCAGGGGAGGAUUCUGGGUAAAGACGAGCAGCACACGGACGCAGAUGGUUUCCUGAUCCGAGACGGAAACAGGAAGUUAGCCAAACACUGGGUCACCUCCUGGUCUGAGACGCACUGAGAGGCCGAUCGCUGCCUGGAAUCAUGCAGCACACUGCCAUUCAAUGUGUGUGUGUGUGUGUGUGUGUGUGUGUGUGUGUGUGUGUGUGUGUGUGUGUGUGUGUGUGUGUGUGUGAGACACUUUGAAGCCCCCCCAGCUGUGUUUCCUGCUGACUGUAAACAGGCUGCCUGAUUUGGUACAGAGUAGGACAGUUGACACAGUGUUCCUUAAAGCAGAAAUAAAGCUGACAACAUUAAUCUGAAGUUGAUAUUAUUAUUACGUCAUUUCUGUAAAUGUUUGCAAUUCUUUACAUGUAAUCUGAGUCUAAACUUUCUCUGUUGAGAUUCCUGGAAAAGGGAAAUUACAUAAAAGCCUUUCCAUAAAUAGUUGAUUUAAGAACCAAACUGUGUUAUUAGAUCAGCAUUUUCUUAUGUGACAAUUAUUGCUAAAUCUGAGAGCUCUUUCCCAACCUUGGGAUUUCUCUGCAGGGCCAGAAAACUGAGAUCUCCCUGCAGACCUUGGCUCUCUACUGAACAUUUUUCUGAUCCUCUCACUGCCAUUUUAUAAAGUUGUGAUAUUUCUGACAGCCCAUGAAGGCAGGAUGUGUUUGUGUGUGUGGUUCCCAUUGUGUGUGUUUGUUUGUAGUUCACAUUGUGUGUGUUUGGGUGUAGUUCACAUUGUGUGUGUUUGUGUGUAGUUCACAUUGUGUGUGUUUGUUUGUAGUUCACAUUGUGUGUGUUUGGGUGUGUAGUUCACAUUGUGUGUGUUUGUGUGUAGUUCACAUUGUGUGUGUUUGUGUGUGUAGUUCACAUUGUGUGUGUUUGUGUGUAGUUCACAUUGUGUGUGUUUGGGUGUGUAGUUCACAUUGUGUGUGUUUGUGUGUAGUUCACAUUGUGUGUGUUUGGGUGUGUAGUUCACAUUGUGUGUGUUUGGGUGUGUAGUUCACAUUGUGUGUGUUUGGGUGUGUAGUUCACAUUGUGUGUCCUGUAUGUUAAUGUAUUAAAACAUAUUUUAGUGGGUCACUGGUCUGUGGUGCUUUCAGGGUCUGUGUGUUCAGUCUGUAAAUCUCAUGAACAAAGUGUACUAUAAAGGAUGUAAUGUUUGAAUCCUGCUGUUUCUGAGGGUCUCUGAUCUGCUUCAGUGGUGUACUGUCCCUUUAAAUCCUAUAAUAAUAAAUUAUGAUCAAACACA